GAACUGUCAAAACACUGCGCGCGCUGUGAGAACAGAGCGAGGAGAACCGAGUCUCUCUGAAGUGGAAAUACAGCGAGAGCGAGGCUCGCGCUCAAAUCUCUGCACGAGAUCCAGCCAGAUAUGGAUUAGGACUCUGACAAGCUGUCAGACCAAGACGGAAAGAGAGAGAGCUGACCGCUCUGGCCAUCGUCACAAGACACCGGCCUGUGCUUUUACACUCCUGACUUAAGAGAAGACCACGGAUGCCACUGUGCCUUGUUUAUAUUUAAAUGGGACAGAGCAGUAGACUUUAGACACAGACUGACAAUUUAUUAAGUAAAAAAUAAAGAAAUAAUAGAAUUAUAGAACAUUAAGUACGUAGCAAAUUAAAUAUAUUUUAAUUAUUCAGACUUGUGAAGGUGGCAAAAAAAGAAAAAGAGACUUUAAAACAUCAUUUAAAUAGGCAGGAAUUAGUAAAAAGCUGUUAAUAAAAAAAAUCAAUCUGCAUCAGAUUUCCUCAAAAAGUCUAAAUUAAAUUCUAUCUAUAAUUCAGAAAACUCUGGUCAAAACUACUUACAAGAAUCUUAUAUUUAUUAGCUGUGAUAUGUGAUAUCCUGUACAUCAGCACUUUUUAUCCCACAGCUUUACUGAUUUUUUUCACAAAUUUAAUGAUUUUAUAUUGAUAUCUGUUCUCUCACUACAAUACCCAGAAUGCAUUGCGCAUGUAUGUUAUACAGCCACUGGAAAACCCAGCCCUUGCAAUAAAAAAAAAAGAAAAAAAGUGGAAGCUCAUAAAUACAGAUUAAUAAAUUCAUUAAAAAAACAUAUUUGAAAUACCCCACGCUCAAAUUUCCUCAACAUACUGCUUACAUUUAUUCAAAAUUGCCUACCACCUUUAAUAUACCUCAUCAGUAGGGGGUUCUCACAGCCUUCAAUGUGGGAAUUGUAGUUCUAGAUGUAAUUGUGUGAUAAAUUAAUCAAUAAUUGGCCUUUCAGGGAGUAGCUUUAACUGCAGAUUACCUUAAUUAGGCUUAAUUUAAUGUCUGUUUGAUUAUUAAGUAACUUUUUAUGUAAACAGCUAUAAUAUAUAACUGAUAUAUUAUUAAGUUUAGAGUAAAGAAAUGUAACUAAACAGCAAAUAUUACCAAAUUUCCCAUUAAAUAUAAGAAUUUACAUCAGAAAUAACUUUCAAACUUUCAAAGCGAAGUUCUCUUGAGUUGGACUUGGUCUCUCUUCGAGGGACAUCUUCAGUUGGCCGUAAUGGAGACGCCCUCCAAGAGCUCCAAGCUGGAGUGCCAGAUCUGCUUCAACCCCUACAGCCCCCAGCACCGGCGGCCCAAGCUUCUGCAGUGCCGGCACACAUGCUGCUCCGUUUGCCUGGGCCAGAUGAGGCUGAACCACCGAGAGAUCCGCUGCCCGUGGUGCCGGAGUGUCACCCACCUGCCCAGCAGCCUGUCCGUCUCCCAGCUGCCCGACGACCCGAACGCUCUGUCCAUCAUCUCUCUAACAAACCCGUCCGAACACGGACCUGUCUUCAUACGACUGCCAGGCAAUGGCUGCUACCUACUGCCUCUACCAGGAGAUGUGGAGCAGACCCUGCUGCAUGGUGAACCUGCAUACCGCUUUGAGUACAAAGAAGCCGGCGAGGCAGGCCUUCCGGAACAAGGCCUGGUAGAGGGUCUGGAGAUGGAGGAGGAAGAAGGGACGCUGAAGAGUUCGGCCUGGACUGGUUUCUGCACUGUCCUUCUAGUGGCAGUCAUCCUUAUUUUCCUUCUGGGCAUCGUCCUGCACAACAUGUCCUGCGUCUCCAAGAGGUUCAGCAUCAUUUCCUGUGGAUGAUGGGGCUCUGUGUGGAGUGGAACACUGAUUCACAUGUUCACUAUUCACUAUUAGGUGUCAGAGCUAAUAGUGAACAGACUAAGAAGUAACCAUGCAAUGGCCAGAACAGUAGCCAAAGUACUGUUAGAACUCUGGACCUGGUCAUCUCGUACCAAGUCACUCAAUGUUCAUUUUGGAAUCAAUGGUAUUGAUGGAGAGUUUGUACCAGCCUUUACUUGUAAAGGAAGACUCUGUACUAGAUGCUGGAACAUUGCUGUGUGGAUCUGAUUGUAUUUGCUAGAGUUUAAUUACUUUAUGAGUGAUUACAUAAAAUGUAAUGUCUGCCAGGUGUUGGUGUUGAUGGAGCUCCAUCAAUCAAUAGAACAAUCCAGAAGUUCUGCUGUCUCACAGCCCAAUGCUGAGGGGCUUUAUAGGCCCACAGUAGCCAGUGCUUGGCUUUGGGCAUGGUGACCUUAGGCUCACCAUUGUGAGGCUAAUCUGGAGCAUCUAUGGGGGUUGUGUUUAGAUUCACUGUGAGUUCUUGUGAAUGCCAAGAAGGACCAUGUUUAAGAUGUUUAAGCAUUAAACCAGUGAUUUUUAAUUGUUUAUUUAUUGAUUUCUACAAGAUAUCUAAUCAUUUUUUUUUUUUUGUAUGGUGGACCUACUUUGCAUCGCCUAAAAUGAGGACAAACUUUAUUUUGUUCACAGGCUUUGUUGAGACAGCAGCUCAUGUCCGAUUUUCAGCGUCUAAUUUGGAUUCGGGCAGGAAAGGUUUCCUACAGUCUGAACACAAAAGAUGGGGGUUAAAAUCUGAUGCAAAUCAACAACAAAACUUAGUUAGACCAGUCACUUUUGAUACGUUUGAUAUUAGAAUGGGUUGGUGGGCAACUGUACCAAAUCAGUGAGUAAAUGUCACUACUAAUCACAUUAGUCUGACCAUACUAAUCACAUUGGAUCAGUUGUGAACACAUAACUGAAUCUGAACACUCAGUAUCACUGAUGUGAAGCACCACUUUUUUGUUGCACCAAAAGCCAAUCUUCAGGCAGAAUAAACAGGUAAUUAGUUAGUGACCUGGUUAAGAUUAGUUAAAAUGUGGUGCUUUGUAUUCCAGUGGCCUUGAGGUCCAGUUCCACCCUGUGUCAUAUAUCCCUUUAGCCUCACCCCCAUGACAGCCAUGUUUCAAUAAAUGCUUAUUUUAAUGAAUUGUGUUUAUUUAUGAUUGCUAGAUUCAGAUUUCAUCUUUGUGAAUAAAGGCUAGGCUGAGUUUAUAAUGGAAGCACAGAGACAUUGCCAUCUUUGAUUGGUUUGACAGUUUAUUCAUGAGUUUAUAAGUUCAGCCAAGAAACAUAUGAAACAUACGAGCCUUCAUUUUGAAUCAUUAGACUGUUUAUUGCAUUGAAUCAUUGAAAACAUUGUUUAUUUAUAUUUUCUAGAUUCAACUUUAUGUUCUUGCCAAUUACAUUGUACAGUUUGAUCAGAGCAGCUGAAGCUGAAGGAAAAACAACAGUAAUGCAAUUAGAAGGCUGAGCCUGGGAAUAGCUAAAGAAAUAUAUACAGCACAAGCAUUCCCAGGCAUCUGUAUUAUUUUAACAUGAUAGACUGUUUAUUUAUGAUGUCUUUUGGGUUUGGAUAUUUAAACAUUUAACAAUGUUGAUGGUGACCGAAAUUAAACUAGAUACACAGACAUGUACAUUUUAACAGACUGUUUAUUACAUAGAAUUUCUGGUUUUCCUUUCUUGUACACAAUAAAUCCUGUUUUUUUGAGGUGUGAAUAA